GCAGAUGAUGUUGUACGUCAAGUUUCAACUGAACAAGAUCACUGUUAUUUGAAAAGUUUUGCGUGUUUUACUCGUCGAAUGCGCGCCGUUUCAGCUGCUCGCUUACCUCAUGUCGUGCUUUUAGCAGUUUUUCAAUAUUUAAGUCUUGAAGACUUGGCACAAUGUAUGCGAGUUUGUAGACACUGGUGGACUGUUUUACAGUAUCCGGAUAGCUUUGUAUGGAAACGUCUGGCGCGUAUAAUUAUCCCAGAUGAAGCCCUUAAUGAUCCCUGUCUUCUAGCAGAAAUUCCCUCUUUCAAGGACAAAUUACGAGCGUUUUGCUAUGCAUGGAAUCCGAACGACUCUUCGAAAAACAAUUAUUUACGCUCCAACGGUUUUACGGUGCAUCGAAAUCCAGUUGCUCAGAGUACCGACAGUGUCCGAGGCAAAAUAGGUGUGAACAGUGGGAUACAUGCAUGGGAGUUCAUGUGGGAGGGGCCGCUGGGAACCGUGGCUUGUAUAGGUUUAGCGACGAAACAUGCAGCGCUACACUGUCAGGGUUAUGUGGCUUUAUUAGGAAGUGAUGAUCAAAGCUGGGGCUGGAAUCUUGUUGAUAAUCAGUUAUUGCAUAAUAAUACACCGAUCUCUCCUUAUCCACAUAUCAAUAAUCCUCCAAAAUACCAGACGGGAGAAAGAAUUCGAAUGGUAGUGGAUUGUGAACAACACUCUGUGUAUUUCGAAAAAGGCAGUGAAUUUCUAGGUAUUGCUUUUAGUCAGCUGCCUCCACUAAAACUGUUUCCCGCCGUGUGUGCUGUCUAUGGCAAUACUGAAGUGUCUAUGGUUUAUAUUGGGCCGCCUCUUCUGGGCUAACAUUUUAACUUGAA